AUGAGUUCCCUCGGUGAAGCAAUCAUCCACCUUGCAAUCGAUCUGUUCCACCAGAUCAGAAAAUCAGAGAAGGAAAACAUCUUCCUGUCCCCUUUCAGUAUCUCGUCAGCCUUAGCCAUGACUUACUUAGGGGCCCGAGAAAACACCGCAUCAGAAAUGCAGAAGGUCCUUCACUUCAGUAAAAUCACAGAGAACACAAGAGGAGCCACAAAUGAUCGCGUUGAAAAGCCAGGAAAUGUUCAUCAUCACUUUCAAAAGCUUCUGAUGGAAUUAAAGAAAUCCACUGAUGCCUAUGAGCUGAGUGUCGCCAACAGGCUCUAUGGAGAAAAGGAGUUUCCAUUUCUCCAGGAAUACAUGGAUAAUGUUAAGAAAUUUUAUCUAGCCAGUGUGGUAUCUGCUGAUUUUAAAAAUGCUGCAGAGGAAAGUCGAAAGCUGAUUAACUCCUGGGUGGAGAGCCAAACCAAUGAAAAAAUCAAGGACCUGUUUCCUAAAGACUCUCUCAACAGCUCUACUGUUCUGGUUCUGGUGAACGCCGUCUAUUUCAAAGGGCAGUGGAACCAGAAAUUUAACAAAGAAAGUACUGUGGAGGAAAAAUUUUGGCUGAACAAGGAUACGAGUAAAUCUGUGCAGAUGAUGAAACAAACCAAUCAUUUCAAUUUCGUGUCACUGGAGGACGUGCAAGCCAAGAUCCUGGAAAUCCCGUACAAAGGCGAAGAGCUAAGCAUGAUGGUGCUGCUGCCCAAUGAAGUAGAUGGUCUGCAGAAGGUUGAAGACCAGCUCACUGCUGAGAACCUAAUAGAGUGGACGAGCCCACAGAACAUGGGGAAGAGACAAGUGGAUUUAUACCUGCCUCGGUUUAAAGUGGAAGACAGCUAUGACCUCGUGCCCACACUGCAAGCCCUGGGGAUGGUGGACGCCUUCCGUGAUGGGGUGGCUGAUUUCUCGGGCAUGACUGGGAGACGUGAUCUGGUGGUGUCGACGGUCGUCCACAAGUCCUUUGUGGAGGUGACCGAGGAGGGCACGGAGGCCGCAGCUGCUACCGGUGUGAGUGUUGGUGUCACAUCAGCACCGUUUCAUGAGAGCUUCCGCUGCAAUCACCCUUUCCUGUUCCUCAUCAAGCACAUCAAGACCAACAGCAUCCUCUUCUGUGGCCGAGUCUCUUCCCCUUAGAUGUCCUUGGCCAGCGGCCACACGCG